AUGGCGCGAAAGAUGCCGGGCGCGCAGGCCUGCGGGCGAAACGCCCCUCCCGCUGCCCCCUGGAUCCGGAAAUCGCCGCACAGGCGCACGCAGCGAUGGCGCGAAAGCCAUUCAAAUCGCGCGUUCGGGAUCCGCCCGAGCGCGCAGGCCUGCGGGCGAAACGCCCCUCCCGCUGCCCCCUGGAUCCGGAAAUCGCCGCACAGGCGCACGCAGCGAUGGCGCGAAAGCCAUUCAAAUCGCGCGUUCGGGAUCCGCCCGAGCGCGCAGGCCUGCGCAGCGCCCUCCGAAACGGAACUCGGCUACAUCUCCGGCGCUACGCUGCAGCGCUCUGCUCUGGCCUUGGGAAAUACGGAGCAUAUCCAGUGCGUCUGGUCGGCAUACCGUAUGUGGGGAGAAAAGCAGCGUGCAGACGCUGUGGUUGAAAAUGAUGUCCUUAUCGAGUAUUAUGACGAUCCUGCUGAGAUAAACAGGGCGUUCGAAUCUCAAACUGCUGUAGGUAAACAGAGCAGUGGUGCGCGCGACGCUCGUCGGGCCGCUGUUCCUGAACCGUACAGCGACGAGAGUGCAGCGCCACCGUCGGAAUCACGGUUGAAGAGUUUUUCUUCGUGUGCGCGCAGCUCUCUUGAACGAGUGCGGAACGUUCUUCACUACUCGGAUACGACCACAAUUGGGGCUGGUAUCGGCGUCUUGGUCUGGUUCGGCUGGAGGCAGGCAGUGCGCUCUGCCCGAAAACGCGCGCAGCAGCGUGCGCCUGAUGUUCAACACGGACUGGAGCGGCGUCUGUUUCUUGCAAUUUUGGGUCAUGGUCUCGGCAUGCGCUAUCUGAACGAGAAAAUGAAUCCAGCCCUGAGCGGAUCGAUUGCCCGUUUAGCGCCAAAACUAUAUGAGGAGACGUCUCCAUUGGGCUCCGAUUCCCUUAUAACUCCAGAUGGGACACCUUUAAAAACUGGCAGCGAUUUCCCUCACGAUAAAACGCAGUAUCGAGCGCUGUUAGCAACUCGGCAAACAGAGCACGUUAUGCGAAAUGCGUUUGAUCAAGUGAGUGCAAGCCGCCCGCUACGGCGCGAUCGUGCAGACAAUGAAUCAGAGGUGUCUCCUGCGACCCCAAUGGAGAAGCCACGGCCUUUUCUGCGCGCGCCGCGUGUGCAAGCUCGCCCCAACGGCCGCGCUCCCUGUGCUUUUGUCACCGUUUGUUCUUCCGGAACAUACGUGUUGCCAGCGGUGGUGCUUGCUUCUACCCUGCAACAGUACCAUGCCGGCAUUCCAAUGAUAUGUUUGGUGGUGUCCACCGCGGUGGAUAAAUGGCAUCGCGAGGUCCUUUCGAGAGCUGGCUGGGAUGUCCGCUCCUGUUCGAGUUUUCUGAGCGAUCUCGAGUGGCAGGGAUUUCUCAGCUCCAGAGAUCUCUCCAACCGCGAGCUGAAAAGACCCUUUUCCCGCCGCGCAGUGCGGCAUGGAACUGCGUCGCACGCUGCAUCCAGGUUCACGGAUGCGCACGAUCAGUGGGAACGCUCCACAUUCGACAAACUGAAUAUCUGGGAGUUGGUCGACUUUGAGAAACUCAUCUACCUCGAUGCGGACACCAUCGUGCUCGGGGCGUUACAUGAACUCUUCCGCUAUGAAGAACUUGCCGCGGUCAAAAGUGGAUGCGGUCUUUUCAACAGUGGAGUCAUGGUCAUCCAUCCAGGUCUGCAUACGUAUCAGGCGCUGCGAAACUGCUUGCUUUACGAAGAAUGGCGCUCGGCGUAUACGCGCGGCUACCCCUUCCCCUAUGGUGACCAGCCACUUCUCAACUACUUCUUCAAAGACACCUUCACAGAGCUGCCUGUUGCGUUCAAUACCACCUGCCAGCGUCGAUUUCGGAGUCGUCAGACGCGAGUACUCCACUUCAACGGCCCCAUGAAGCCUUGGCACGUGGAUCGGAGCUCUUGGUUCGCUGCUCAAUGCUUUUGGAAACAACAGCGCUGGCGUCUUUGGUACCAAGAGUACGACCACGCCCUGAGCAGUUUCCGUGCGAACGCUGACCCUCCCGAAGAGCAGUGCUUUUGGGCCUAG